CUCCUCUCAACAGUGUACACGACGUCCCUCAGCAUCUGACCAAUAUCUCUUCUACUCUGAUAUGCCUUUAUGUGAAAAUGAUUUGAGAAUCCUCUAUGACUUAUCGAGAACAGCAAGUCAUUCGUACUCUUAAUUACUGAAUAGCUCUGCUGUUGGCCUUGAGAUGAUACAAGGUGAUCACAAUGACUCCGGUAACUUUCGUAUUAUGUGCGCUGCAUCAUAUGGAAGGUGAAAGGUAGGUUGCAUACCGCUAGGUGGUCAUUCUGCUCAAGCGCGCUCGGUGCCUAACACACUCCCACGCCGACUUCGAGAAAUGUCUUCACAGCAUACUAUUGUCAAGCUCUCAUCGCAUCGUAUCGCCCGCAUUCCCGAGUAUAAAGCUUUGAAGGCUUGGCUGGACAUCUGUACCAGCGGUAGUGGAGGAAUACUCUUGAGGAUCCCAUUCACGACUGCUGAUUUAGAGAUGUCUGCCGCGCAAAGCGACUAUGGGAACCACGACUCAUUAGUGUCUAGUUCUAAUCCUUUGCACCUUGAUGUUACCAACAAUUCGCACGUGUCUUCCCCGGAAGACCGUAGUGGCAGCCAAACACCUCUGCAUGGCCAAUCAGCCUCUUGGUGGGGAUCGCGACUUCACCGAACUAGACCAUGGCCUUGGAACGAUAAUCCGAGUACAUCCAUGUAUGUAAUACAUCAAUCGUUGGCUGGGUCAAGAGUUACCACGUCCACUUUCACAAACGACGAUGCUAAAGACUCAAGUCAAUUGGGAGAAUACCCGACUGCCUCGCUCAGCCCGGACAAAGCUAAUCUCCGUGAGAUUCAGGUUGAGGGCUGGAUACGCACAAAAAAUAAAGUGAUCAUGGCUAUUUGCCGUACGUGCGACAUUGCGAUGGACGGUACUCAUGUUUUACUUGAAGUUUCCUCCGAACUCCUUGGACUUGCGCCUAUCACGGGGCUUGAAGUGGCCGCAAAAACAUUGCUUAACAUUUGGGAUGCGGUGGAGAAAUUUGAGACUAAUCGCCUUGCCUGUCUUCGUCUUACGGAACGAUGUGCGGAUAUUCUAAUAUCCGUGAGGGAUGAAAUCACGGAUACUGGAGAACACUCUGUUAGCAGAGAGUUGGAAGGCCCAGUUGAAAAGCUUGAGAAAGCAUUCUCGGGCGUAUACGUUCUCCUUAGUCAACAGCAUGCUCGUCCAUUUCUCCAGCGAUAUCUCAAACGUGAUGAAAUCCAACGCGAAAUCGCAGAGUGCGAUGCUGCACUGCUGCUAGCUUUGCACAGCUUUUCUGUCAAGAUUCAAAUGAGAACCUAUCGACAAGUCAUGCAGUCUGAAACAAGCAGAAAAGCGGACGCCGCCGUUGUCAUGGAUAAACUGACUAAGAUUGGCUCCAGGCUUAUUACCAGUUCUCAAAUCGACAUUCCUGCCCGUACGCGGAACGCAACUUUCACAGAUCCGCCCAGUAUCCUGAGUGAUUUGCAAUCCAGGCAAAAUCGUCGAGACAAUCUUUGUGACAUCGUAGAUCUCCGAGAACUUAUGCGGCACGCAGUCGAGGCUAAGGAUGACAUGGAAAUGAUUCGUGUUCUGCAAGUCGGCAGAGACGAGAUGCCGGAAGCCAUGAAGACUCUCCAAAGGGCCUUGGAAGUGGAUAGCGAGAAGUUGGAGAAAUCAUCUACACCUUGGAAUGACUCUAGUCACUUUGAGUCGCCUGAGGAUUCUUUAGAUCUUCUCUUCAUGAAGUCCAGCAUCGAGUCCUUGCGUCGGCUAUCGGCGUCCCGUGGCGCUGAAGUGCAAUUACCUUCUUGGACCAUCACUCGUUAUGAAGUCGACAGGGAAGAGAAGAUCGGUAUAGGGUUCUUCAGCGAUGUUUAUCGUGGACGAUGGCGCAAUCACGUCGUUGCUAUCAAAGUUCUCGCAGAGACGACUCCUCGCCAGUUAUUUGUGCGAGAAGUUGAAAUCUGGAAGACGCUCAAACAUCCAAAUGUGCUCAAGCUCUACGGUGCGUCUUCGACCACUGCGGAACCGCCAUGGUUCUUGGUCAGUCCGUAUUGCAGAUAUGGGUCAUUGGUAGGAUACUUGCGUGGGCUUCCUGGCACACGAGUGGAUCCUCCUGGCGUUGACCUGCUUAAGAUUAUCCACGAAAUCACGAAGGGCAUGGUGUAUUUGCAUACAAAUGACGUACUGCAUGGAGACCUUAGAGCGGCCAACAUCCUGGUGGACGACAGUCAUAGCUGUGUAAUCUCUGACUUCGGUCACAGUGAAAUGAAGAGUGAGGCAUAUAGGAUCAGCGGAACACCAAUGCCUCGAGGUACACUGCGAUGGCAGGCGCCUGAAAUUUUAUUGGGUCAGCAUAAACUAACGCAACGGAUCGACGUUUAUGCAUUCGCUAUCUGUUGCGUUGAGAUUGUAUCUAAGGGAAGUUUGCCGUGGCCCUUGGCUGACGAUGAUGCAGUGCGACGCUAUAUUCUUGAUCUCAACUUGCGGCCAGAGAUACCAGCAGGACAAUCUUGGCGUGUCCCCCUCAGGGCCAUGCUCAAUGACUGUUGGCAUCGGAUACCAGAGUCCAGGCCAUUAUUUUCGGAUAUCGAGAAUAGGGUCAUCCAGCUUAGACAAUACUGGACGGUCACGUCAAGGGAUCGACACUUGGAGGAUGAACCUGAUACAUUGGAUGACCACGAUUCGACUUCAGGCUCUAGUACGGUUGGUUCUUAUCAUUCUGCUCAAUCCAGUUACACAGAUAGCGACGAUGAGGUCCCGUGGGCGCAGCUGGACGUGUCGUUGGCGCAACUCCAGUCUGAUAGUGAGAUGCCUGUAGGCGGUGAGGACCUGUCUUCUGACAAUGAGGGUGGUACUACUAGCUAUGCGCCAUCGUCCCUAUAUUAUGGCCAAACGACCACCAGCCAAACUUCGUUCUGGUCUGAAAACGCCAGCGCCGGACCGCGCUCGACUAUUCCAAACGGCGCUUGGCCCCCAGAUACUUUUGACACGCUUUCGAGCGAUGAUAUUUCUGAUGCACUAAGCGAGGAGCUGUAUCGGACCCUGCUGCGACAUGAGUUUCAUCCCUCACUGUCAUUACCACUGUGGUCACCUACUCCGGUAAAGCUCGGUGCAGUGGGAUAUCUUUGCGAGCCGCAGGGCUAUUUUGUGACUCUUUUUUAAUGCAUUGGACCCGGAGAGGACCUCAAGUGGUCGUGCAAAAGAUAUUCCUUCGCUUCAUGCCUUCGGGAGGAUAUCUUUCAAGCAUCGCCGCAAGGACUCGCGUUCUGCUGCGAAACGAGGAGUUACUGCGGUGCAAUCCUUGAUGUCACUGAAAAGUAGAGGCCGUCAGACCACCACAAGCAGCUUCAGAGGCAGCCAAUCCAAGCGUCUCUAUUCCGAUGAGAAGACCGCACAUUUAUUCACGGAAUCCACUAUAUUCCGACAUGUCAAGGAUACCAGGGCACCAAAGGCAUGGUUCAAGGGCAACGUGAAUCGCAUUCUUUCAAUAUACGGCAGGGAGCACGAUCUUUCUCGGGAGAAGCUGUUUUUAGUCACUGGGACCUUGGAAGCUAGGGACUAUGCUCUCUUUGUUAAUCACAAUCACCCUAAUGGAAAGGU